UGAAAAUAGCAGUAGAGAAACGAAGCAAACAGAAGUACUGAUGGAAAUGGCGUUUUCCUUUCCCUCUCGUCAUCAAUUUUUUGCCUACUGAAACCCUCAACAAAAGCCUGUAGUUCCCUCUGUGUCUCAUCAAUUUCAGUAAAUCCUGCAAAAGCUGCAAAACUUCCAUUCUUUAUACUAGUAGAUUUAAUUGUAGGAUGUCAAACUCGGGAGGGUUCGCGGUGACCCGAACUCAGACGGGGGACCGAUUCUACAAUCCACCGACGGUGAGGCGGCAACAGCAGUUGCAGAGGCAGCAGCUACACGGGCCGUUGCAGAAGGAGCCGCAGAUGCCGUUGAAGGAGGAGAGCCGGGUCAACUUGGUCGAUUCACUGGCUGAGCCUCGAACGGAUUCGGACGAAUCUACAUUGUCGAGGCCUGACUUGGCCUGCACCUCCGUGCCGGAGAUUGCUAGUUUGACCAAUUUGGAUCGGCUUAUGGAAUCGGUCACUCCUCUUGUACCAGUUCAGUGCUUCCCUGAGGCAAAAAUGAGGGGACGGAGAACUCAAGAAGUAAAUUUACCCCCGUACUUUUGUCUGGGCGACCUAUGGGAAUGUUUUAGUGAGUGGAGUGUAUAUGGAGUUGGAGUGCCACUACUGUUGAAUGGGAGUGAUUCGGUUAAGCAAUACUACGUUCCUUCCUUGUCAGGCAUUCAAUUGUACGUAGAUCCACAUAGGCUUAGGAGAGCUAGCGAGGAUAGUGAUGUCAAGUCUCCAAUAGUAGCUAGUAGUGCUGGAAGUAGUGACUGUGAAACAGACAGGAGAGUGAAAGGCGAUGUUGAUGGAGAAUGGGGGGAGCACAACUCCCAUGGGAUCAGUAAACCUCCUAAGAGUUCAUCUAGUGAUGAAAUGGAGGUUGGUAAGUCACCCGGGCUUUUGGUUUUUGAAUACUUUGAACAAGAACAACCACACCAUCGGAAACCUUUAUAUGACAAGAUUUCGAGUCUUGCGUCUCAAUUUCCAGAGAUCAGGAUGUACAGGAGCUGUGAUUUAUUGCCAACAAGUUGGAUCUCGGUGGCUUGGUACCCAAUAUACAGAAUACCUAUGGGUCCAACCCUACAAAAUCUGGUUGCAUCAUUCUUGACCUUCCAUGCUUUGUCAACAUCUUCUCGAACAGUGACAGGUAAAAAUCAGCUACAUUUUCCUGCUUCUAGCAGUAGGAAAAUAUGUGGUGUAGAUGCAUCUUCAAAGCUCUCUCUACCCGUUUUCGGCCUUGCAUCCUAUAAGUUGAGAGGUUCGAUUUUGACUCCCAAUUGUUCCCAAGAAUGGCAGCAAGCAAACUCUCUGUUACAAGCUGCUAAUAACUGUCUGCACGGUUUACAAGUCCAUCUUCCCGAUUUCCAGUUUUUUGUGUCACAUAACUCAAUGUGGUAAGGAAAAUAGGAGGUCAAGAUUUUCAUCAUGAUUGCUUUUAUCGAAAUUGCAUCGUGCUAGAAACGGCAGAUUCGAUUUCAAAGGCAGCUCUUUUCUCAGAUUUGCUGAGGCCAAGACACUAUGAUCAGCUAUCCGGAAACAGCUCGAUUAGUUUGUCGUCUGGCACCUGUUCAAGUUCUAUGGUAUGCAUGUGAAAACAUUGUUCAAAUUUGUAGUGGCCAUGAAGCUUUACAUUCA